UUGUAUCACCUGAUCUCCCUUGAAAUUAAAACAAAUUACAGUUUAUAAUAUCAUUUAUAAUUUACAGAGUUUUUAUGAUCUCUAAAUUAUCCAAUCAAACCCAAAUAAAGGCCCAACAGUAAGCCCAAUAAAACCCAAAAAAAACUGCUCAAAAACAGGACCCUUUAACCCAACAAGUUAUCGCCUUUUUCAUAUUAGCCUUCGUUGAAACACGGAUUUCAGACAUCCAACUUCCACAGUUAUCUCCUGUUUUUUGCAUCAAACCUUUGACAUCUCCGUAAGACCUUCCCAGGAGCAAAACAAUGGCAAUAUUCCCCGACUCCUUCAUUCAACGCGGCGAUGACUCCGUCGAGUCAGUCCCACACCAGGAAGACUACGGCAGCGGCUACGCCGGAUACGACCCGUCUCAGCAAUUCGAAUCUUUCGCAGCCGAGUUGGACCCGGCCAAGGACUCGAAUGAUGACGUGUUUGCAUCGCAGCCGUACACGAAUGGGGAAAGAUUUGGCCAAGAUUUCGGCGGGUCGGCAUGCCCGAUUUUGCCGCCGCCAUCGGAGAUGGAGCCCGAGGAAGGGUUUGCUCUCAGGGAAUGGAGAAGGGAAAAUGUGAUUCGGUUGGAGGGGAAAGAGAAGAGGGAGAAGGAGGUGUUGAGCCAAAUAAUAGAAGAAGCUGAUCAAUACAAAGUUGAGUUUUAUAGAAAGAGGGAGGUUACCUGUGAAAAUAACAAGGCUAAUAACAGGGAAAGGGAGAAGAUAGUUGUAGCUAACCAAGAGAAGUUCCAUUCUGAGGCUGAUAAGCAUUACUGGAAAGCAAUCGCAGAGCUCAUUCCAAAUGAAGUGCCAGCUAUAGAGAAAAGAGGAAAAAAAGAUAAGGAGAAGAAGCUUUCCAUUGUUGUUGUCCAAGGUCCUAAGCCUGGGAAACCAGCAGACCUUUCAAGGAUGAGACAGAUACUCUUGAAACUAAAGCAUAAUACACCUCCCCACCUGAAUCAUUCUCCACCUGCCCAUGCAAAGGAUCAAGAUGCAAAAAGCAGUAAUAGUCCUGUAACGGCUGGUCCUCCUGUCACAAGCACCCCAGAGGCAGUAGUUGCUGCUUAAUAGUUUCAUUUGGACAUUAGUCAUCUUCUGUAAUCAGAACUAUCUAAGAGUAUCUUGUUGGUAUUAUGAUGUUUAGCCGUUGGUCAUCACCAGUAGGGUUUAUUUGUUUGUAUGAUGUUACAAAUUAGAGUUUCUCUAUGCAUGAAACUGUGUCUUUCAGACGGGAUGUAUACCGAGUUAUAGAAUUCCAUUUCGAGUUC